AAAACGUAAAAUAUUAUAUAGCUAGCUUAAAUAAGGGUGGUCAACUUGUUACUAAAAUUAGAAAGGGUCUUGUGAAAGUUUGUCAUCAUUGUUGUAAUAUUGUUUAAUUUUUAUAUAUAACAUGUGUCAUGUAACAAACCAGUGUAUGCUUUUAUGGUUAAUCUAAAGUUUAUUAUGUUUAUACUUUUAUAUGAUGUAAUGUAUUUCAUCUUAAUUUAUUAAAGUUUUGUAAAUAUUACUAUAAAUAAAGGUAACUUGUAAGUUUUAUAAAUAAGGUAUGUUAAUAAUAAAAUUAAAAAAUAUAUUUGAAAUAUAUUGUAAUAAGUAAAUAUAUUAAAAUCUAAAUUGUUAUAUUUUAAAAGUUAGAUACAUAGAUUGGAGAUUGUCUAACUAGGUAUUGCCAUUAAGUUAUUACUGUGGAUCUUGAACACAAGACUAAAGAAAUAAAUAUAACUUCUCAUGAAUGAAAAAUGAAUAAAUAUGAGAACCACAUUCAUUUGUAUGAUUCUGUUGGGAGGCUAGAGAGCAGUCACAGCUCUAAAGAGAGCUAUGGCAGUAUGGCAGCAAACUACAAUUCUAAAAGCAACCUGAAAGUAUCCUCCACAAUGUCUCUUAACAAAGGGAGACAGUUUGAUAGUAAUUGGAAAUUUGUUUUAUAUUUUUUCUAACUUUUUCCAUCUAAAAAAACAAUUACAAUUGUGAUGUUUACUAUUAUUAUUAUAACAACAUAUUUUCAAAAGUAUUGGUAGUUUUGAUGGCUAAUAUGAUGUUAUAAUAUAUUACUAAAUCUGACAACGUGCAUGAGUCUCAUUUUCAAGUUUUAUUAAUUUUUAAUUUAUUUAUUUUUAUAAAAUAGUAGCAGUCAAAUUUUAUCCAAUCCAAUGUUGUAAUAGUGGAUCUAAUCUUUUGAGUUUUCAUUUUUACGAAAUAAUCUUGAUAGUUAAUUAGGGUUUAGUUAGAAAUUAAUUUCGGUUCAGAUCUACGUUUAGUUAAAGCUAGGUCUUAAGUACACAUUCAAUUAAUCGAAUCAAAAGGUACAUGUGUGAAGAUAAGUUAACAGAAACACAUGUGUUAGGUAGCAUAAGGAUCACAUUUAUCUAUCAUUGCAUUGUUGGGCAGCAGAAAAUAGUCCCUAGCUACAAUAAGUUUAGAUCUAGCAUCUAAAAUGGAAUACAUAAACCAAGUUGGUGAAUUUAGAAGAAAAAAUAUUUCAAACAUAGUACACAUUAUUAGUAAAUUAAUUAAAUCAGGACUUAAUCACUAUUGGUCCAUCAUGUUCGAAUAAAAUAAACUUUGGAGAACAUGGUACACCUAUAUUUCUCAUACUUAUGACAUCGCUUUAAAUAAUCAUACAUUUAAAAAGUCUAUCAUGAUAUAGUUCGAAUGGAAAAAAGUGGCUCUAUGAAUAAUAUAUAGAAACUCUCACUUCUAGCAAAUCAUUUCACUUCUAAUUUUCCAACACAAUGCAGAUCCAAAAUCUCUGUCUUCUUGCUCUUUUCGUAGCUAUAUUCAGCUACACCACAUCCGCCGCUAGAUUCAACUUCAACCACUUCGAUGGCUCCAACCUAGUCUUCCUAGGAGACGCAGAGCUCGGCUCCACUGCCGAUGGCUCGAGCCUCUCCGGAGCUCUUUCAAUGACACGUGACACCUCCCGUUUCUCCCACGGCCAAGGUAAAUACGCUAGUGAAAUCCCUUUCAAACCCUCGAAUUCUUCUUCUACUACUUACUCUUUCAAAACCUCCUUCACUUUCUCUAUUUCUCCUCGCCGGAAAACAAACCCUGCUCCCGGCCACGGCCUCGCCUUCAUCGUGGUCCCUACCAUUGACAACGACGGCGCCGCCGGAAAAGGCUUCCUCGGUCUGUUAAACCAAACCAAUAACGGAAACCCUAAUAACCAUGUCUUUGCUGUCGAGUUUGACGUUUUCCAAGACAAAGAUCAUGGAGACAUUAAUGAUAACCAUGUUGGUAUUGACAUUAACUCGGUUAAAUCGACGGUUUCGGAGAAAGCCGGUUAUUGGGUCCAGACAAGAACCGGGGAAGGAAAGAAAGUGUUGGAGUUUAAAGAACUGAAACUGAGCAGUGGUGAUAAAUACAAAUCUUGGGUUGAGUAUGAUAACGUCACUAAACUUGUCACCGUUACCAUCGCUCCAGCGUAUCUUAGUAAACCGAAAAAGCCGUUGAUCGAAACCCAGAUCGACCUCUCCAAGGUUUUCCUUGGUAAUAUGUUCACCGGUUUUUCCGGUUCAAUGGGCCGUGAAGUUGAGCGUCACGAUAUAUGGACAUGGAGGUUCGAGAACAACGCCCCCAAAGAAACUAAACCGGUCCAGUCCGGUUAGGACUCUUCUCAUUUUGCUUUUGUUUCUUGUGUUUACCGGUUUUAUCUUUCGAGUUGUAACCUUUUA